CCGGAGUUGCUGCCCCGGCUGCCGCCCGCUGCGAGGGACUCGCGCGGCUCUUGGGGUGCUCGGGUCUGCUGGAGACUGCGUCACCUCCGCCCCCGUCGCCUCCGUCCGUGCCGUGUGACAUUAUACUGCAAGUCAAUCGAUAUAAUAAUUUAAGUUACUUCAGCCAUAAUGGAAAAAUAUGAAAAAUUAGCUAAGAUUGGAGAAGGGUCUUAUGGGGUUGUAUUCAAGUGCAGAAACAAAACCUCUGGACAAGUAGUAGCUAUUAAAAAAUUUGUGGAAUCUGAAGAUGAUCCUGUUGUUAAGAAAAUAGCACUAAGAGAAAUACGUAUGUUGAAGCAAUUAAAACACCCAAACCUUGUGAACCUCAUUGAGGUGUUCAGGAGAAAAAGGAAAAUGCAUUUAGUUUUUGAAUACUGUGAUCAUACACUUUUAAAUGAGCUGGAAAGAAGCCCAAAUGGAGUUGCUGAUGGAGUGAUCAAAAGUGUGUUAUGGCAAACACUUCAAGCUCUUAAUUUCUGUCAUAAGCAUAAUUGUAUUCACAGAGAUGUAAAACCUGAAAAUAUUCUGAUAACUAAGCAAGGAAUAAUCAAGAUCUGUGACUUUGGGUUUGCACGAAUUAUGAUUCCAGGAGAUGCCUACACCGAUUAUGUUGCUACGAGAUGGUACCGAGCUCCUGAACUUCUUGUGGGAGAUACUCAGUAUGGUUCUUCCGUUGACAUAUGGGCCACCGGUUGUGUUUUUGCAGAGCUCCUGACAAGCCAGCCACUCUGGCCUGGAAAAUCAGAUGUGGACCAACUUUAUCUGAUAAUCAGAACACUGGGAAAACUAAUCCCAAGACAUCAAUCUAUCUUUAAAAGUAACCAAUUUUUCCGUGGCAUCAGUAUACCUGAACCAGAAGACAUGGAAACUCUUGAGGAAAAGUUCUCAGAUACCCAUCCCGUGGCUUUGAGUUUCAUGAAGGGGUGUCUGAAAAUGAAUCCAGAUGACAGAUUAACCUGUGCCCAACUCCUGGAGAGCCCCUACUUUGAUUCUUUUCAAGAGGACCAAAUUAAAAGAAAAGCACGUAAUGAGGGAAGAAACAGAAGACGUCAGCAGAAUCAACUGUUGCCUCUCAUACCAGGAAGCCACAUCUCCCCCACACCUGAUGGAAGAAAACAAGUCCUCCAGUUAAAAUUUGAUCAUCUUCCAAACAUUUAGGAAAAUGUUCUUUCAAGCACAAAGUAAUUUAAUAUGUACACAUUUUUGUACAAGUGAGAUAGGAAUUCUCAGUGUUUCAAAUGCAAAUGAGCCAUAUGAAAAUUAAGAUGCCUUCUAGAAUUGUUUUGCUCUAAUCAUUGCUGAUUCCUUUCCCCGUGCUUUUUACAUGCCAACUUUAUCUCUUAGAACAUUUUCUUUAAAUGUUAUAAAGCCUAAACCUGCACAUAUGGAGGAGACAUUUUCGAUUUCAUCAGAGCAGCACUAAGCACUAAGGCACUUUAUAUUGAGAAUUUGUGGGCUUGUACUUUGACUUAUGAAAAAGAUUUACAUUUAUCGUAUUGCUUCAGCUGACCACAUUACAUCUGAAAGUAAAUAGCCUGCCUAGCUGCUGUUUAAGGGAUGACGUUAUGUUCCUGCAUUUUAAUUCACUCUUAUUGUAACCAGGUCUGCUGAGUAAUGCUGAUACUUUAUUUGUGUUUUUAUAUUCAUGUAGGAAGGGAACCUUGAAAGGUCAUCUAGGUUUAUCCCUUGAUUCCAGGGCAGACUCUACUUUCUCUGUCUCAUGAGACAUUGACGAUUCUAUUUUUAAAGCUAGCUAGAGAAAAUUCCAUGCAAAUUCCAUACAUUAGCAAAUGGACGAAUGACAAGAAAUCACCACCCUCAUGACAGUAACACCUCAGAUAAUUGGCUGCCGACUCUAACACUGUUCUCUGCCACACCGUGGUUCCUUAUCCUUUCCUCCUCUGGGCUAAGUCAUCUCAGUACCUGAACUAAUCCUCCUGUGUGUUGUCUAAAUAGUUCAUGGCCAAUGCUCUUUUCCAACAUUUGCAUCCAUAGCCUCCAUGAACUUGUGCAGCCCUAAGCUAGUGAGGGCAUAAUAAUCAGGUUGAUUUGUAAACAUGUAUGAGGUCAGGAAGACAGGAAGAUUAUCUUUCAGUUAAUUUCAUUUUAUGUCUCUAACAAAAAAAAAGAAAGAAAAGCAAACACUUCAAUAGGUGAGCUGAAUUUACUUUGGGAUAUUUUCCCAAGUAAAUUUGACAUACAUACAUAUAUACACAUAUAUUUACAAAUAUACACUUAUAAUUAUAAAUUUUGAAGCAUAGUAGAUGGCUUUUACCCUGGACAUCUAAAGAUGAUGCAGAAUCUUUGAGAGUACGUUAGUUUGCUAACAAAGAACUCACGUAAAAUAAUAGCAUGGGGCUGUCUCUAUGUCUGGCAACGUUGUCAAAUUUUGCAAAUACAUAUUAUUCCAGAAAUCUUUUGUGUCUGGCACCAAAAGUUAAAUAUAUAUUGUUAUUAAGGAAACAGUAACACCUUAUGUUCAUCCCUAAAGGUCUGUUUUGCACAUAUGAACAUGUAAACUUCCAGAGAAUCUCAUUUGGUUAUUUGGAAGCAUCCAUUCAGUAAGUAAUUAUGGCAUCUAAACAAUAGUUCUUUGCUCAUGGGAAGGACUUUUUAAGUGGGCUGAUUAACUAACAUUCUUAGUGUGAAUAUAAGCUAUUCGGGUCUUCUUAUUUUCAUCUUGUUAUCAAGAAUGUGCCUCUUCAGAUUUGUAUGUUUCUUGCAUUUUUAAUAGUAUGAUACCACAGGUGCAAGGAAAAUGGGAAAUGAAAGAUAAGAAGCAACUUUGCUGAAAGAUUUAUUUUUAGCUUUCAUGGUAUUUUUUUUUUCUUUUAAGCCUUCUUAUUACCAAUCUACUCAUGCUUCUCCAGCUCUUCUCAAUAUAUAUAUAUAAAAUACAAACACACACACACACACACACACACACAUAUAUGUACACACACACAUCAUAUUCAUGGGUAUAGAAAAUAAGAAGACAGACGUGAAACAAUGGAGUUCUGGGCAGGGGCUGGUAGGGUGACUUUCUUCCCUCAUUUUUGUUUAGAUUUAAAAAUUAAUUCAACUUAGCAUUUCUCUUUUUUGUUUUCAUUUUUUUUUUCUCAGACAAAUCCAUCACUUAGGUAUCGCUGGGAACAGGAGAGGAGAAAAUACUUAAUGCUUAGAAAAAUGUUCUGAUGCAGCUAUAUGACCAGGAAGAAAAACUCAUCUUCCAACAGCAUCUGCCUGUUUAAUUGACCCAGGCCACAUAGCGUUGCUGCUGCCUGUUAACCGCUCCAGGGCACAAAUCUCGAGCUGCAGUUCUCCUCUGUUUCAAGGGCAGAUCUCUCACCUCUGUGCUGCACACAUUUUUUUGCGUUUCUGAGCCCCAUGGAAGACAGUUGCACUUAAGUGUCUAGUACCCAAAUUAUGGAAUGACUUUUGUAAAAUGUAUCUUUAGCAAAUAGUCUUGCCCCGGGCUCUUCACAGCCCACUUGAUUCCAUAAGCAUGCGUUUCCUUUGGACUCUCAAUCAGCUGGGUCUUGUCUCAUUUAUGCCAACUUUCAAGCCUUUUAAUUUAUUUCUGUGUUAAUAGUUCUCUCCUGAUGCUGUUCAAACUCUGCAGCAGCACGGGGAGUGACGCCCCCCAAAUACCUCCUCAUCACCUCUUCCCAUCUUGCCUUCCUCAAACUUUCCAUACUCCUGUACCUGAGAGUCUCCAAACAGUUUUUUUGUUUGUUUGUUUUUGUUUUGUUUGUUUUGCAGAGUAUUUUCAGACCAUUAAAAAUAUAGACUUUACCUGUUCUUGCAGCUCCCAUAGAAAAGGACAUUCACUCAGACCUCUCUCAGGAAGCCUGUGCGCCUGGACGCUGUCUUUGGUCUCUGUUUCAGUCCUGGUGAUGUUUGAAUGUAGUUGUUCCAACUUGCCCCAACCACAAGCCCUUUUAGGACAUCACUUUUUGAAGAUAAUUUUAACUACACUGAAUCAUUAAAAAGUUGUGUUCCCAGGCCUGGUGCGGUGGCUCACGCCUGUAAUCCUAGCACUCUGGGAAGCUGAGGCGGGAGGAUCACUCAAGGUCAGGAGU